AUGGGAAGUGGGUCGGGUGACCAGGUCCGGGUACUGGAGGAGGCGCUGCGGGCAUCGGUGGCGGCCAAUGCGGUGCUCCGUGGCGAGCUGGCAGAGGCGAGACAGGCCAGGCGCCGCCUCGUCCGCAAUGUCGAGGUGCUCAACAGGACCGUUGACGGGCUGACGGCCCAGUUGCUGGCUGCCAACUCGGCCUGCUCGGCAGCAGAGGCGAAUGGGUCAGUAGCGGCUCCGAUCCCGGACCUGCCGGUGCCCACCACCGCAGAUGCUAGUGUUCAGGCUGCGCCGCUGGCGGCCGAUGCGGUGGUCGAUGCGCGGCCCGAGCAGACCGAUGCAGCUGUGGGCACCGCCGCCGCGCCAGAGAUGGCUCAUAAGAUGACACAGGUCGAGAACAAAGCCAGAUUCGACGAAGAGUGGCGCUGGAUGGUCCCGAUUCUGACCGAGUAUGGGUUGUGGGUUCCGGCGGCGCUGACGGGACGGGCUGGCGACGAGCCGCGGACGGCUGAGGACAUGCUACGGCUGCUGCUGCUGCUGCUGCGCAAGUAUGAGAUGGCUUUUCUCCGCAAUCACGAGAUGGACCGUCUUGUCUCUGUUCCUCGCACUCGGUCGUACGACGACUGGCUCUCGCUCUCCAAGCUGGUCAUGCUCCCGCCAGUCCGCGACGCGCCGCACCCGCCAUCGUCCAAGGACGACGCACUGCCACUGACGCCGGCGCGGACGCCUGCUAUGAGACGCACAUCGCAGAGCAGGCUACGUGCGUCAAAGGUCUCGUUUUCACCUGCUGUUCAUGUCCGGACAAUUUCACCGCGCCCGUCGCCGUCGCCGUCGCCGGUCCCAGCCCCGGCAGCCCGUCGCCGUGUCAAGCGUAGGCGCAAGACGGUGGUGCCUCCUGCCCUGGUUCCGCCAACGGCGCUCGAGGCUGAUCUUGCGUUUGUGUCCUCGCUCCGAGCCAAGGGCCCCGAUCUGGUGGUCCAGGGCGGGGUAUUCAACCCAGCGCUUGCGGCUCGAGCGGCCGCGGCGUCGUCCGCCCGCGGGCCGGGAGCGAGAGGGUCCGGGCCCGCUUAAGCGGACGACGCUGACGGGUUUCCAGCGCAGCACCUGCAGCUGUGGUGAAGCCACCGAGCAAGGCCGUUGCACUGUGCGAGGCUCGAAGAGGUGCCGCCGCUGUCGGCUGUUUAGCCGACAUGCGGCCGCGCUUGCGCCGGACGCGCCGGACGAGGCCAUCAAGCCCGGGAUCGGACACUCCAUCCGCGAGUGUGACAGCGGUUGUCGUACUAGGCAGCUCGUCGAAGAAGCGCGAGGCUCGGGUCGGGAUGACGUCGGCGUCGAAAGUCUGCUCUGCUGAGCCGGCAUUGAAGUGGGUGCAAAGGUAGAGCGCGUCACGAGCCCGGGUCAUGGCCACGUACAGCAGUCUGCGCUCCUCCUCGAGAGCUUUGUGGGCAUCGACGCCUGUUACGGCGCUGCGCGAUGGCAGAACGCCGUCGACAAUGUUGGCCACAAAACUGCCGGCCACUCGCGGCCUUUUGCGCCGUGGAUGGUAGAGAGGGU